CGGGCCGCGCGCGGACCGAGGCGGGGCAAGGCGGCGGGUCCCGGCGCCGGGGGACGCGCUGCCCGGCGCGGGGCCGGCGAGGGCAGCGGGGGUCCGGCGGGCGCGGAUGGGAGGCUGCGCCCGAGCGGGCGCGCGAGGACGGAGCCACCAUGGGGAACAAGCAGACCAUCUUCACCGAGGAGCAGUUGGACAACUACCAGGAUUGCACCUUCUUCAACAAGAAGGAUAUCCUCAAGUUGCACGCACGGUUCUACGAGCUGGCCCCCAACCUGGUACCCAUGGACUACAGGAAGAGCCCCAUCGUACACGUGCCCAUGAGCCUCAUCAUCCAGAUGCCGGAGCUGCGGGAGAAUCCCUUUAAGGAGAGGAUUGUGGAAGCCUUCUCUGAGGAUGGCGAAGGCAACCUCACCUUCAACGAUUUCGUGGACAUGUUUUCCGUCCUGUGUGAGUCGGCGCCCCGGGAGCUGAAAGCCAACUACGCCUUCAAGAUCUACGACUUCAACACAGACAACUUCAUCUGCAAGGAGGACCUGGAGCUGACGCUGGCGCGGCUCACCAAGUCAGAGCUGGAUGAGGACGAGGUGGUGCUGGUGUGUGACAAGGUCAUUGAGGAGGCCGACCUGGAUGGUGAUGGCAAGCUGGGCUUCGCCGACUUUGAGGACAUGAUCGCCAAGGCCCCUGACUUCCUCAGCACCUUCCACAUCCGCAUCUGAGGACUCGGCUGGCUGACACAGGCGGCCGAGGGUGUGCACCAGCCCUGCUAUGUGCACGAGAGGAUGGCGCCCAGCUCCAUGGGAAAGCAGCCUGGGCCUCUGGGGCUCUACACCCAUGAACAUUUCCUGUGGCCCUUUCAGCAAAAACAAAGCAAAUCCCCCCCCAAAAAAACCUAACCAGGGAAGAGGGGGCUGGAGAAGUACCUUCCCAGGGACUCUCCUAACCACCUUUGUACUCCAAUCCAUUUCCCACCCAGAAAUGUCACCCCUGGGAGGGUGACAGCUAACAGAGGUGACAGGCUGUGCUAUGCUGGCCAGAUGCCCCCCAGCUGCCGCCCAGGACAAGGUGCAAAAAAAUAAUAAUAA